AACAAGUUUUUAUGCACUGCUGCUGUUAUUAGACGGGUUUGUGAUCAGAGACUUUUAUAUUUAAAAGCAUUAUUUCGUUGUUUUAAGUACUCUAGCCGUUUAUAUACGGUACGAUUAAAUAGUUUUUAAUGUUUAGCCUUGUACUUUAAUAUGAUUCUUGUUGAUAUUUCAGAAAAAUAUGAACGCUCCUCCAACUUUCGAGUCAUUCAUUUUAUUCGAGGGCGAAAAGAAAGUCACUAUCGAGAAAGAUACAAAAGUACCGAACGCAGCUAUAUUCACAGUAAAUAAGGAAGAUCAUACUAUAGGAAAUAUCUUAAGAUGCCAAUUGCUUAAAGAUCCAAAGGUUUUAUUUGCCGGUUAUAAACAUCCGCAUCCUCUUGAGCAUAAAAUCGUUCUUCGGGUGCAGACAACACCUGAUACUACUCCUCAGAUAGCGUUGACUGAAGCUAUAACGGAUUUGAUAUCAGAGGUUUCGCUAUUAGAAGAAAGAUUCCGGGAUGCGAUAAGAGAAAAGAAAGAAAUUGAUUGAUAACUUCAUACAAACGGAAAUGGAAUUAUACGGGCGUGUCAAUCCGCUAAUUAUGCAAAUAAUCAGCUUUACUCUAGCGAAGGAGCGCGCGCCUUUAACGAGAUAAUCGGCUUAGAAACGUCGUUGUCCAAGUGUCGAAAGCUGCCGACGAAUUUUAAUCAUAAAGCUUGAAAAAUUGCAACAUUACUCCAAAAGUACACAUUCUUCCUGUCUUU